AUGCCAUCGUUUUGUCAGGAAUGUGCCACUAUACUAGAGACAAUGGGCCCCUAUGACUAUUGUGCGCUUUGUCAAAAGAAAUAUGAGAGAGCGCGGCAAGGGGACGUGGUAACAUCUGAGGUUCAUCUUCAGACACACUAUGUGGCCCAAGAACGCAUGACGGAGAAUAGGCCUGUCAUCGACGAGACGUGUCCCAAGUGCCACCACGGCCAGGCCUACUACGCAUCCAUGCAGAUGCGCUCUGCUGACGAGGGCCAGACGAUUUUCUUUGAAUGCUGCAGUUGCGGUCACAAGUACAGAACAAAUACGUAG